UUGAAUGAACUUCAUCUCGCGAGAUGUGGGGCGCAGUUGUCGUCUAAUCCGUUCACUCUCUAGUGUACUGCAAAGAAAGCAAACAGUCAGAUAACAAAUAAGAAGGAGACUGAGACGUAAUGUAAACGAUUAGCGUUUACUCAGAAGUCUUCGUCAUCGAGACGAAUCCAGAUUAUUUCGUGCAUUCAAAGCGAUGUCGUCAGAAUUAGCUGGCUAGCACGGCAAAUGCUAACGCGUUUCCGUGGCAACGGCGCCUUCAGUCAGCGAACUAUCACAUUACACGCAUCAGAGGGACGCUGAAGGAUGCGGCUGAAAACAUCUCUGCUGAAGCAGCCCAAACACAGAGAGCUGGUGAGCUGCGUGGGAUGGACCAGCGCUGAUGAGCUGUACUCCUGCAGCGACGACCACCACAUUCUCCGGUGGAACCUGCUCACUAACGACACCAGCGUCCUCGUCAAGCUCCAGGACCAGAUCUACCCCCUCGACCUGCACUGGCUCCCCAAGAGCGUGAGCGGGAAGAAGCAGGCCGGGGCCGACAGCUUCGCCCUCACCAGCACUGAUGGUAAACUCCACCUGGUGUCUAAAUCUGGACGUGUAGAGAAGAGUGUGGAGGCCCAUAGAGGAGCUGUGCUCGCCGGACGCUGGAAUCAUGAUGGGACGGCUCUUAUCACAGGUGCACUGCAACAUACUCCCUCAGAAGACUGCAUCUCUACACCGCGGACUCCCGUGUACUCCGUGGCGUGGGCUCCAGACUCAGGACGGGUUCUGUACACAGCGGGUCGACAGCUGGUGAUCAAGCCGCUGCAGCCCAGCGCCAAAGUCCUGCAGUGGAAAGCUCAUGACGGAGUCAUUCUGAAGGUGGACUGGAGUGCUGUCAAUGAUCUCAUUCUGUCAGGAGGAGAAGACUGCAAAUAUAAGGUGUGGGAUAGCUACGGCCGGCUGCUCUUCUCCAGCUCUGCUCAUGAUUACCCCGUCACCUCAGUGGCCUGGGCUCCGGACGGAGAGCUCUUCGCCAUGGGCUCCUUCCACACACUCAGACUGUGUGAUAAGACCGGGAAUGCAGGGACUCCCGUGUACUCCGUGGCGUGGGCUCCAGACUCAGGACGGGUUCUGUACACAGCGGGUCGACAGCUGGUGAUCAAGCCGCUGCAGCCCAGCGCCAAAGUCCUGCAGUGGAAAGCUCAUGACGGAGUCAUUCUGAAGGUGGACUGGAGUGCUGUCAAUGAUCUCAUUCUGUCAGGAGGAGAAGACUGCAAAUAUAAGGUGUGGGAUAGCUACGGCCGGCUGCUCUUCUCCAGCUCUGCUCAUGAUUACCCCGUCACCUCAGUGGCCUGGGCUCCGGACGGAGAGCUCUUCGCCAUGGGCUCCUUCCACACACUCAGACUGUGUGAUAAGACCGGGUGGUCGUACUCUCUGGAGAAGCCCAGCACUGGAAGUCUGUUCAGUCUGGCCUGGUCUGCAGAUGGCACUCAGCUGGCCGGAGCCUGUGGAAACGGACACGUCUUGUUCGCUCACGUCGUAGAGCAGCGCUGGGAGUGGAGGAACUUUGAGAUCACACUCACAAAGAGACGCACUAUGCAGGUCAGAAACGUGUUGAAUGAUGCAGUGGAUGUUCUGGAGUUCAGAGAUCGGGUCAUCAAAGCCUCGCUGGCUCACGGUCAUCUGGUGGUCACCACCUCUCUGCAGUGUUACGUCUACAGUGCUAAGAACUGGAACACUCCGCUGAUCUUUGACCUGAAGGAGGGAACCGUCAGUCUCAUCGUGCAGGCCGAGAGGCACUUUCUGUUGGUUGAUGGAGCAGAGCUGUUUGUGUACUCGUAUGAGGGCCGUUUGGUGUCGUCUCCCAAGAGUCCCGGCAUGAGAAUGGACAUCCUGAACUCUCAGUCCAUCUCUCUGAGCAACGACACCAUCGCCAUACGAGACACAAGCGACGAACGAGUCGUCUUUCUGUUCGAGGCUCAGACGGGAAAAGCCAUUGGUGACGGCAAACCUUUGAACCACAAGGUAAACACACACACGUUGUCCAGUGUUGUUGUGUCUCCGGGUGUUUGUAGUUGUUCUGUCUCUGAAUCAGCGGCCCAGCGUCUGCUGGAUCCUGUGUCCUGCAGUGAGUUCAGUCGUCCUCCUCAGAUGGUGAGCUAUGAGGGCACUCAGGUGACGGUCAGACGAGUGGACGGCUCUCUAGUGUGCACCGCCGUGUCACCGUACCCCAGCUUACUGCACGAGUACACCGGCAGCGGCCGCUGGGAGGACACGCUCCGCAUCUGCCGCUUCGCCAAGGAUCAGACGCUCUGGUCGUGUCUGGCCGGUCUGGCGAUGGCCAAUAGGGAGCUGAGCACAGCAGAAGUGGCGUAUGCAGCUAUAGGAGAGAUUGACAAGGUGCAGUACAUCAACUUCAUAAAGGACCUUCCGUCGAGAGACUCGUGUCUCGCUCACAUGCUGCUCUUCAGCGGACACGUGCAGGAGGCUGAGGCCACUCUACUGCAGGCCAACCUCAAUUACCACGCCAUCCAGAUACACAUCAGCCUCUACAACUGGGACAGGUGCGAGCCGGCGGUGAAGUACAAAACUCACGUGGACACGGUGCUCGCUCACAGACAGAAGUUCCUGCAGGACUUUGGAAAACAGGAAACCAACAAGAGAUUCCUGCAGUACUCUGAGGGAGUGGAAGUGGACUGGGAGAAAAUCCAGGCUAAAAUUGAAAUGGAGUUUGCUAUGGAGCGGGAAAAAGCAGCCAACGCAUCCGUCAGAAGCAGUGUGUCCAUUCGCCGAUAAAAACACACACCUGUAAUGUAAUUCAGGUAAACUGAGGCCUGGAUCCCACUGAACGAGCACUGAUCUCCGACUCCUCAACACUGACUGCACACUGUGGCUAACUCUCAAAGUUAAGAAGUUAUGGCAGGCAUGAGAAUUCAUAUCUUAGCCUCUUAAAAAAUGCACAUCAGUCUAUUAUCAGGCAUCACGUCUAGUUCAGCUGUUAUUCAUAUAAUUUCAAGAAGAUUUUGUAACAAGAAUUAAUUUUUAUUGUAAAAGCUUGAUUUAUGUU